UGAAACCUUUUUAAUUAGCAUUGAAAUACCUAAAAUGGCAGGAACGAAGGUAACCCUGAAGCUUUUGAUAGACACAAAGCGCCAUCGAGUCCUCUUCGCGGAAGCAGACAAGCAAUUUGUUGAUUUCCUCUUUAGCAUUUUUACUCUGCCGGUCGGGACUGUCACCAGGCUCUUACAGAAGAAAAACAUGGCAGGCUGCUUGCAUAGCCUGUACGAGAGCAUAGAGAAUUUGAGCGAUAUUUACAUUCAGCCAGACCAAGACAAAGACUUUCUGCUAAACCCAAAAAUAGCCAUUUCUGGUGCUCAAGUCCCUCUCCUCUUGCCACGCGUUGAGAACUCAGACACAGACAGGAAAUUUUACAGGUGUAGCGGCUACAACAACUGCAAUUACGUGGCUAAUGACCCCAGAGCAAAUUGUCCUUCGUGCAGGAAUCCAAUGACCACCGAGCAAAGUUACGUUGAGCACUCAUGCACAGACAUGAAAUUUUAUAGGUGUGGCAGCUGCAGCAAUAGCUGUAAGUCCGUAGCUAAUGACCCUAGAGCACAUUGUCCUAGGUGCAGGAAUCCAAUGACCCGAGAGGUAAAUUACGUAGAGUACCCACCAAGGGAUAUCAACAAGAACAAGGCAGCCUCCUCCUCUAGUGAGGGAGGUUACGUGAAAGGGUUGAUUACUUACAUGGUUAUGGAUAAUCUUGACGUCAAGCCCAUGUCCACCAUCUCUGCUAUCUCUCUACUUAGCAAAUUUAAUGUCACUGACGUAGGGGCUGUUGAGGAGAAGGUGGUAAAUUUCGGCAUGGAUGAGGGUGUGAAAUUGCUCGUGGCUUCUUUGCAAUCGAAGACUGUUCUGACUGAUGUCUUUUUGCCGAAGGAUCGGAUCUAUACUGUUAAUGAGUAAUUCAAGAUGUUGAAUGAAGGCACUGUUGCUUCUUAUUAUUGGUCUUUUAAUUUCGAGAGGCAACAACUCUGUGCGAUAAUUGAUCCAAAAAAGUAUAUUUGAAUGGUAUUUUGGUGUUUUAGUCGUCGCAACCAUGUUUCUCAUGUUAUGUUUCAUGACCUUGUACUUUCUAUUUUAAUCUAA